AUGAUUAUUUCGAAAAGAAAAAUGUUCCAUACGAUAAACCUGUUUUAUUGUUUGGAAAUAUUCGUGAUCGACUUCUGCAAAAAGUUUGUUUGCAUGAUUUUAUGCAAUACUAUUAUAUGAAAUAUAAAAAUAAUCAUCCAAUUUGUGGUGUUUAUGAGGGACGUAAUCCACGGUAUUUAGUUUUGGAUUUUAAUCUAGUUAAAGAUAUAUUUAUUCGAGAUUUUGAUCACUUUACGGACCGAUCAUUAUUUAAUUUUAAACAAGCCGAUAUUUUAAAAGAUUUGUUACUGAUGAGUAGUGGACCUAUUUGGAAACCGACUCGUGCAAAGUUAACGCCAGCAUUUUCUAGUGGAAAAUUGAAAGCUAUGGAUGUUUUAAUUCAACGUUGCGGUGAACAAAUGUCACAACAUCUAUUAGAACGGAAAAAUCCCGAUGAAGAACUAGAAAUGAAACAAUUUUUUGGAUUAUUUACAUUAGAUGUUAUUUCAAAUUGUGCAUUUGGAAUUGAAAGUAAUCCGUGGAAAGAAACUGAUCCUGAAUUAAUAACUGCUUUUCGUAAUUUUGAUUCAAUGACAACACUAACUCGAAUGCGAUUAUUAGCAUCAUUAGUUUUAAUGCCACAUUAUUUCCGACGAUUUGUAACAAUUUGGAUAUUUAAUAAAAAAACAGCUUAUUUUAUUGCAAAUAUUAUUAGAAAUACAAGAGAAUAUAGACUGAAAAAUAAUCAAAGGCGAAAUGAUUUCUUACAAUUAUUAUUAGACAUUUCAGCACAAGAAGAAGAAUUUUCAGUAAUGGAUGUUGAUCAUGUAAUAUCACAAUCAAUAUUAUUCAUGAUUGCCGGUUUUGAAACUUCAAGCACAUUGUUAGGAUUUGCUGCUUAUGAAUUAGCUUUAAAUCCCGAAGUACAAAAUACAUUACGUGCUGAAAUUAAAUCAGUAUUAGAAAAGCAUAACAAUGUUUGUAAUUAUGAUGCAGUUCAAGAUAUGCAUUAUCUUGAGAUGGUUUUACUUGAAACACUUCGAAAACAUUCACCUGUUGCACGAAUUGAUCGAUGUUGUGUCAAAGAAUAUAAAAUCCGUGGAACUGAUAUAGUUAUGGAAAAAGGAAUGAAUGUAUCCGUUCCUGUUGUCGGUUUUCAUUAUGAUCCAACAUAUUUUCCAAAUCCAGAGAAGUUUGAUCCACUGCGUUUUCAAGAAAAUCGUAAUCCAGAUGGGUUCUUAUCAUUUGGUAUUGGUCCACGUAAUUGUAUAGGAAAAAGAUUUGCUUUAAUCAGCACAAAAUUUGCAAUGGUUUAUCUUAUAAAAGAUUUUGAAUUGAAGGCCACUGAGAAAACUGAAGUACCAUACACAAAACGAAAAAUUGGUAUUCUUUUAUAUCCACAAAACGGCUUACAUGUGAAAAUAUCUAAAUUAAAUGAAUAAAAUAAUG